AUGACGGCGCGAAAGAAGAAGCUGAGUAUCAGCAGUAUCGGAGGAGGCAAUAAGAAGGAUACUAUGAAGGGCAAUGGACGAAGCAAUGGCAGUGGAAGCGGUUGGAGCUUUGGACGAUGGGGCUCUGCAAGAACAGCUUCAACAAACACUUCCUCCAAUCUGGGGACCCCUUCAGCGCCUUGUACCGCUGCUGGCGCUGCUACGGCACCAGGUCAAGGCCCAAGCGGCCAAAUUCAAGGACAAUCAUACACCCACUCUCAAGGACAAGGCCAAGCCCAAACCCAAGGACAGGCCCAAGUCCAAGCCCAUGCCCAGACUCUUGUUCAGGCACCGUCCCAGGGCCACGGACACUACUUUCGGAAUCAACACCUUCAUCAACACGCCAAAACCAACUCUGCGCCCUCCCACGCUUCGAUUGUCGCCUACAAGUCGGCUCUGAACAAACCAGUCGUCACUGUCGUUCCUCUUUCCGACUCCAAUUCUGUCUCUUCCGUCUCUUCUUCCGCUUCUGAAUCUUGCUCGUCUUCCAUCGCUACUACCUCUCCAACUUCCUACGGAUCGCCUACUACCACCGCUACCAACACCCCGGUCUCGUCUCCUUCCUCGUCUACCACCUCACCAACUUCGAGAUCGACACCAACAUUCGCUACUCCUCUACCUGUAUCUGUAUCUGUAUCGACUCCAAAAUCCGGUUCCAAGAGGACCGUUCACUUCCGCUCCGCCACUACAAGCAUCUCUACCAGUACCAAUACCAAUACCAGUAGCGCGCCCUCAAUUCCGAUCCUCUCUGUCGUCCCUCCGCCUGGCCAAGACGGCGGCGACGGAGAGGCAAGAAGGCCCGCCAUGCAGCGAGUCUCUGCCUUUCUCCCUUCGUGGGACAAGAGGUCCUCCAGUACAAGAUCAGGCUUGUUUGGUUGGUCCUCAAAUCGUUCCAGCGCCUCUAUAUCAGUCGCAAACACCAAUUCAUUAUCAAGGAUAAACACUGCUGCAGCCAAUGCAAAUGGCCGAGUCCAAAGGGAAGCUUUCUGGCCCGCGACGCUCGAUCUCGAAUGCGAGAAGGCUGCCCGCAUCCUCAAGUCAUUUUCCACCGAUGGCUAUCUCGUUCCUGAAAUCGAGGAAGAGGACUCAGAAUCAACAAUAAGCGAACCGCGAUCACCAAAACGAGUCACCAAGAAAAUCCCUAAGCGCGUUAUUCAGAAUGCUGCCGGAAUUGCCAUCUUCACCUGCAUGCGCAGCGGUCUGUACAUGACAGGCUCCGGCGGGUCCGGUAUUCUCAUCGCUCGAAAGUCUGACGGCACCUGGUCACCCCCAUCUGGAAUUAUGCUACAUACGCCCACUCUCAGCUUCAUAAUAGGUGUCGAUGUUUACGACUGUGUCCUUGUUGUCAACAACCUUGCUGCUCUUGAGUCAAUCACGAAACCUCGUGUCACACUCGGCGAAGAUGUCGGUCUAGCCAGCGGUCCCCUGGUUUCUCUAGAUUCAGAUGAGUCGCACAUCAAGUGGCAGGACAUGGGUAACACCGUUUUGACAUACUUGAAAUCGCGGGGUCAGGCUCAGGUCGUCAACUUGAAUGGCUGUAUCCUAACCGAGCGAGGAAACGAGAACGAGCGCUUCUACAACAGCCAAGUCACCCAAAUGGACAUUCUGGCUGGCAAUGUUGCCCGCGAGGUGGAAGAGGUUGGGCCACUUUCAGAGGUCAUUAAGUUAGCUGAGGGUAGGACAGACUACGAUGCCUCUGUAAUUAACAAGAUUGCUGCGGAAUGUGCGCCAGGAGAUGCGAUGAUAGCGACGCCUAAAUCUUCGACGCCCGCCUCGCCCCGAACGGCUUUUGGAAUUCCUAACAUGGACGACCCGGACCCGUUUGGCGUUUUGGCCCUCGAGAUGGCUGGUUUGGAAAUCAGGGAAGCGGGAUCACGAUUGCGACCUACGAGUAACUCAUUCGACUUCAACCCCGCGCCUUCAAGCCCAGCCUUCUCCAAAUUCCAGAGACAAAGUAUGGAUACAUUUGUCUCAAAGAGUAAUCGCAACAGUUAUAUGUCUUCGAGAACAGUCAAGAGUCAAAUGACAGAUGCUGGAACACAGACCGAUGUAGGCACAACACCCGAGACAUCGCCCAGCCCAGGUCAGAGUGAAGAUGGCCAUGACAGGAAUACCCGUUUGCAAAUUCCCGAAGUCACGGAGGAAGAGGAGGAGGUUGAUUACACAAAGGUCGAUCUGACCCCCAUAAGACAUUUGAGUGGAGCCCAUAGUCCUCUUAGUACGACCAGCCACAGCAGCACAACGGCCGUGGAACCCGACACCCUCAAAGUCGAGCCCAGGGAUGACACUGACAAGGCCUCGAGCAAUUAUGAUAGCGACAAGGAUGACAAGAGCAGCCGAAACGCCGACGACGAGGACGACUCAGAAAGUGAUGCCGAGGAGGAGGACGAGGAGGAACCCGUCGUGUUUGAGGUUGCUGCAGUGCAGCCGGCAAGGACCCAGGCUGUUGCUUCCCGCAUGAUCCACGCCAAGGGUAACAUGGUCACCAUCCCCAAGAGGAUUCCCCCUCCUCUGCCCAUGAGGAACCCUGGCAGGGCAUCGCGAUCCAGUAAGAGCGAGAUGGGCGAUGUCUCUAGUCUUCGAAGCCCUUUGCGCAAGGAGACCUUUGCUGAAGACGAUCUUCUAUCAGAGGAGGAGCAUACCCAGUCUGAGUCCUCACCUUACCUCAAGCCUAAGGAGUUCAAGGUUGAGAAGGCCACCAUUGAAGUCAAGUCUGAUGAUGAUAAGUCAUCGGACUCUGAUGUUGAGUUCUUCCAAGCUGAGGAGAUCAAGGUCGAUGGUGGCAAGACCGAGGCUCCUCACUCCAAGGAGUCUGAGUCUGAGUCUGCAAAGGCUGAGAAGCCAGAAGAGAAGGCGCUUGUGAGCGAGCCCAAGGUUGAAUCGAAGGAUACUCAAACAUCCCCUCGAAUUCAUCAAGAGGAGCGCCCCGAAAGCCCCAGCACUCCCGACAAGAAGCACACUUCAUCUGUGUUCACUGGAAGGACAGAAGAUCGAUGGAGUGUCGACGGCACAACGCUGACAACACCCACAUCCGAUCGACCUUUUUCUGUCAUGGACGACAUGACUGAAGACGAGACCCCCAGAAAGCCAACGAAAGAAGUUGAGCCAACUGAGAUGAACGAGAAGCACGAAGAGCUAGAGAAGGCGGCAUCAAAAGAGACAACCCCCAACACUAUCACGGUUGUAUAA